AUGCAGCUCUUCGCGGAUGUGGCCAUCUCGAUGGACGGGAGCGUGAGCAGCUUCACCACGCGCCGCCGCCUCGUCUUGGUCGCGGCCUUCCCCCAGCCCAUCGGGGAGCACGGGCGGCGGAGCACUGGUGGCGGCGGGGCCGGCGGAUCCGGCGGCGCGAGGGUCGAGGACGGGGAACGACGGGAGGAGGUCAGAGGGGCGGCGCCGACUCAGGCCCCAUGGCGGCGGGGAAGACGGAGGGUACAUGGAGGCGAGCAGCGCCGCCGCCAUCUCCAGGUCCAGCGCGAAGGAACGGCGGACCGGUUUGGGGCCGACAGAUCCGGCGAGGUGAGGGUCUUCGGCUUCGUUCCGACUCUUGUCGCGUCGCAGUCCUUCAUCGGCAUCAACUACGGCGAAGUGGCCGACAACCUCCCUCCGCCGUCGUCCACGGCGCGUCUCCUCCGGUCCACAACCAUCACCAAGGUGCGCCUCUACGGGACGGACCCGGCCAUCAUCUCCGCCUUCGCCGGCACAGGCAUCUCGCUCCUCCUCGGCGCCACCAACGGCGACAUCGCUAACCUCGCGUCCUCGCCCGCCGCUGCCGCGGCCUGGGUCGCCGCGCACCUGCCCGCCUCGUCGCCGGCCGUCUCUACCGUCUCCGUCGGCAACGAGGUCCUCUUCGCCGACGCCUCGCUCGCCUCGCAGCUCGUCCCGGCCAUGCAGAACCUGUACGACGCGCUGCCGCCCAACUCCAGCGUCAAGGUCUCCACCGUGAACGCCAUGGACGUGCUCGCGAGCUCCGACCCGCCCUCCUCCGGCGCGUUCAAGCCGGAGCUCGCGGCGGCGCUCGACCCGCUGCUGGCGUUCCUGAGCAAGACCGGCUCGCCGUUCCUUAUCAACCCGUACCCUUACUUCGCGUACCUCAGCGAUCCGCGGCCGGAGACGCUGGCCUUCUGCCUGUUCCAGCCCAACGCCGGCCGCCCGGACGCCGGGUCCGGGCUCAGGUACACCAACAUGUUCGACGCGCAGGUCGACGCCGUGCGCGCCGCGCUGGACGCCAAGGGGUACAAGGACGUGGAGAUCGUGGUGGCCGAGACCGGGUGGCCGCACAAGGGCGACCCCGACGAGGCCGGCGCCACGGUGGAGAACGCGCGCGCCUUCGUGUCGGGCCUCGUGUCCCACCUCAGCUCUCUGGCCGGCACGCCGCGCGCGCCCGGCAAGUCGGUGGAGACGUACAUCUUUGCCAUGUACGACGAGGACCUCAAGCCGGGCAAGGCGUCGGAGCGCUACUUCGGGCUGUUCCAGACCAGCCUCACCGAGACGUAUCCGACGGGGUUGCUCAGGAACGGCACGGCCGGACUGAUACCAGCCACGGCGCCGGCUGCGGCGCCAACGACGUCCGCCCCAGCGCUAAAGCCAACCCCAGGGCAGCAGCCACAGGUGACUCCAGGGCAGCAGGGCUCGACGGCGGCAGCUGGGCCUUCCGGCCUCUGCACGCCGGGGCCAGGGACGGCUACGUCGAGAGGGACCACCACCACCGCUUGCGUUCAUCCUAAUGCUGCUGAAUCGUCUCGCACUUCCUCAAUGCUGCCUGUUAUUGCUGGCUUUUGGUUCGUAGCUUUGCAGAUGUUUAUAUGA